AAGCAGCGCUGCUCUCCGGCAACAGUUUGCAGUCAAAGAUCAGUGAAGAGCUGUAUUAUUACAAAGGAACUGUGAUAAACUUGGCACUGAGAAGGGUCGCAAACACAGUUUCCAACUAUGAAGUGUCGCUAAUAGAGACUGGAACAUUGUGCAAGUCAUGCCAUUUUUGGAGUUCCUAGCUGGGAGCAUUUCAGGUGCAGUUGGGCUCGCAGUUGGACACCCAUUAGACACUGUGAAGGUGCGUCUGCAAGCACAGUCGGGUUAUAAAGGGAUAUUUCACUGUGUGUCCAAGACAUAUGCACAUGAAGGGCUUCAUGGAUUCUUCAAGGGCAUGGCGUUUCCGGUGCUGACCACCGGCCUCGUCAACUCUGUUGUCUUUGGCGCUUACAGCAACGCGUUGGAUUAUAUCACGCAGUCUCAGCACGGCGGCGGUAAAAAAACUGCCUCUGCAGGACAGGUCUUCACUGCCGGCUGCUUCUCGGGGCUGGUGCAGGUGUUGGUUUGUGCACCGAUCGACCUGGUGAAGGUGCGUCUGCAGGGUCAGACCAGUGCCGACCGGUACCGGGGGCCCGUGCACUGUGUGGCCGUCAUACUGAAGGAGGAGGGACCCCGGGGCCUGUUCAGAGGAAGUGCGGCCCUCGCCCUGAGGGACAUCCCCUGCUACGGACUCUACUUCCUGCCUUACGAGGUCACUCGUAAGGCUUUGACGGAGAGCGGCAAAGAGCCAGGUACGUUUGCAAUACUGAUGGCGGGUGGUGUGGCGGGUGUGGUGACCUGGGCCUUUGCCACCCCCAUGGACGUGGUUAAAGCCCGGCUGCAGAUGUCGGGGGCCGGGGGCCGGCAUUACAGCGGGGUCCUGCACUGCAUGAGAGUGAGCGUGAGGGAGGAAGGAGCGAGGGUCUUCUUCAAAGGGCUCCUGCUCAACAGUCUGAGGGCCUUCCCAGUAAACGCCGUCACCUUCCUCAGCUACGAGAGUCUGAUGAAGCUUUUAUCUCCUCCGGCAAGAUGAAGUCAUUCCCAGCAGUAAAUGUUUGCACAUGUUUGUCGAAAUGAAGAUUGUGCUCUGGAGAUUCUUUUAUAGAAAACGGGUCAUUUUCUUUGCUGAAACAGUGUCAAAGAUUAACAUGCUGACACACCGGUUUUUAAGUCCGUGUAGAAUCGGUAGCUACAGAUACAGAAGCACAUCCCAAUAAGGGUUUGUUGUUUACUAAAAACCAGAUCCAUUUCUACCUCUGCCAUUUCUUACAUUUAAAGACACCUGAUGCAGCAGUCCCACUUCUGACCACUUGAGGAACUAUUAAGCCGCUGAUGAGUGAGGACGCACCAGCAUGUCUUGUAAUACCACCAUGUCCCAUUAGAGGUUCAACUUUAACGUUGAAGCCAAUGCAGAAGAAAGAAAAGCUGCAGUUCCUUGACCGACCACCGGGGGCUGGCUUUAAAAGCCAGACCAUCUCCUUUGACCUCCAUGUUCAAAUGUCCAACUUUCCAGCAGAAAUACACAUUUUUACAGCCUGGUCUCAAAAUAGUUUUUUGUUUCCAUAGCUAGAUUUCACGUCUAAGACAAACGUACAGAAUAGUGAUCUAUCAUCACUUGACAAUGACACCUGUCACAUGGUGUAUAAAGGUGGCAGUGCUUCAGUGGGUUUCCUAGGCCUGUUGGUUCCACCCUUUUGAAAAAUGUCAUGGUACAUUACGAGGAAAAAGAUCCUUACAGAGUAAUCCUCAGAAAA